AUGGCUGCCAUCAGUCACACUCGGCUGGAGGCAGCCCUCUGGGCGUUGUUGAUGUCCCAGUUCUUUCUCUUGGGAUUCGCGCAAUUUGAGGCGAACCCAGCUGCCCUUGAUUGCAUCAAGACGACUCGCUUUCCUUUCGUCUAUACCACCGUUCUUACAAUCUACGCACCCGCCGAUGACCCAGUCACCAUUCCCUCACUACGUCUCCCUGGAACAGGCUCUAUCGAUAGCUCGGUCCCUGGCUUCACUCCUGUUCCCUUCCCGACCUUCACUUCCAAGGAGUCGACGGAUCGUACCGCUUUGAGCUCCUCGGAAUCAUUGAGUGUGCCUCCUCCCGUCAGUUUCCCCGGCGCUCCCAGCUUCUCAGAGUCAGAAUCCUUGAGCUUGCCUCCUCCCAUCAGUAUUCCUGGCGCUCCCAGCCUCUCAGGGUCUUCAAAGUCGUUUUCCUGGAAGCUGCCUCCCGUGGACUCAACAACAAGCCGUCAGCCGAUCCCCGUCAUCCCAAGCCCUUCUGCGUCUUCCCAUCCAGUUGUACCCUUGCCCGCUCCUACUGCCUCAAGCACUCUGCCAGUCAACACCGGCAAGCCAUCUCCUAUCCCUCACGACCCGGAGGCAGGCCCCCGCCCGGUCCCCUCUGGUCGCCCAGCUUCUGGCUCCAUCGGUCCUUGGUAUGCACCUCCAGGAAAAUACACCACCGUCUUGCCUCUCAUCGCGACGACAACCGAGCCGGAUGGAAGCCGCAAGACCGCGAACGUUACAUGGCUUUCGAUCGACCUCCCUACCUCGACGACCUCAGACGGCAUGCUUAUUCCUACGGUUUUCCCUGUCUGGAGAUGCAUCUCCCUCAACCUCUGCAACCCGAUCUGCUUGAUCCCCGAGAUCCAGUGCUACACCUCGCCUGAGAAAGACGACGGCUUCUCCUGGCCUAAAGCCCCUCCCGGCCUUGGCAAAGGUAGCAAAGGUGGCGAUGAUGAAGGAGAUGGGGAUGGCAAUGGCGACGAUGACGGUGACGGAGACGGUGAUGGCGAUGACGAUAGAAAUGGAGAUGAUGAUGGUGACGGAGACGACGAUGAUGAUGGGAAUGAUGACGACAACAAGAAUCCCGACGACGAUGACGAUGACGAUGACGACGAGGAGAAAGAGAUCCACAAGAGACUCAACGAGAUCCGUAUCGACAUUGACCUCGACGACGACUUCCUUCUCUGGUUCUUCGGCCGAUUCAGCUGGACCAUUCGCUGGCGUCUCCGCGUCCUUUUCAACUUGGGAACCAACCUGCCCAACUGGCGUUGGGAUCUGAACCUUCACAACUUGCGCCUCGGAACCAAUCUCCCAACCUGGGGUCGCUUGGUAGGCAUAGGACCCAUUGGCGGCGGCGGCGGUGGAAACAAGCCGGAAGACCCCGAUGACCCAGAGCCUUCACAGCCAACGGCAUCUCCUUCGCCUACCUCUUCGGCAUCUUCUUCCUCUUCAUGCUCGACCACGGAGCUCUGCACCAGCGUCCGCACCACCACGACCACGACCUACACCACCAAGAAGCCGAAGGUCACCGGUGCCUGCCGCCCCGGGAAGUGUCCCGCCUGCAGCGACAGCAAGGUCAAGCGCAACGACGGCCUCGAAAAGCGCUCGACUCUCGAGAAACGCACCAUCCCCGAAGAUGUCAUCGUCCAGGAUACCAUGACCGGUCCCGAGACGUGGGAGAAGGGCGAGACCGACUGGUGGGAGAAUAUGCGUCGCAUCGUGAAGUACUACGGUCCCGGGUAUCACCAGAGCAGCCCCAUCCACGCCGACUCGUCAGCCAUAUACGAGGACUUUUCCGAGACGUACCCGAUGGGAGGCGGCAGCGGACCCGUCUGGGGAUGCGCGAUGGUCGCGGUCUUCUCGCCCACUGGAAUCUACACAAAUCACAUGUGGGAAGUUCCAAACUUCUCGAUUCCCGACGAGGACAGAGAGGCUUUCGACACUGAUACCUUGAACUACGAUGAGGCGCACUAUUUCCGGCAGAACGUUCACCACUUCCUUCGACAUGGCUCUGCCGCCUGGACCGAUCAGAAGCAGUACCCCGCCCUUCGACACCUCGUCGAGGUCGGAGACAAACUCGACCCCAAAAGCACCCAGUUCUACAGGGUGAUCCUCUUCGUCCCGAUCGAUGUCAGCGGCAACAUGGUAUACCCGCGGGCCAACCAAGAGAUCAUUGAUCUCCUGACAGGAAGACUCAUUGGCAUCGACAAGAAGCACAUCACCAUCUACGGCUACAAGCGUCGCAAGGAGCUCGGCGAGGACCACCACCACGACGAAGGCAAGACUCCUCCCGCUGAGUUCCGUGAAGCAGAGCCCUGGCACGGUCUUCUCUCCUGGAUGUACACUCCCAAGGGAGAGAGUGGCAAGAGAGAGCUCGUGGUUCGCUUCGAGAGAGACAUCAUCCACCGCGAGACCUGGUGCGGCGAUGGACUCAUCGCGGGACCUGACGGCAUGCAUGUCGACAAGCGCUCUACUUCUUCGAUUUCCAAGCGACAAGACGACACCUGCCCCGUACCUCAGUUCUGCAUGCUCAAGAAGAACUGCGGUUCGUGCGGCGGCUCUUCCAGCGAAGAACUUCAGAAACGCGACCCCUGGCCGGGACAGGUCCCAACGCCCGACGAAGUGUAUCUCACCAAUGACGACAAGAUGGUCCAGCCCGAGGACUCGCCUGAGGGCGAGUUGAAGUGGUGA